AUGGCUCACUCGAGUGAUGUUACAAUAAGUGAAAAACUCGAAGAUAAUCGUGCUAUUAUCGAAAUUGUCGGCAAAGAGAUCACUGUGAGCAAGAUAUUAUCCCGCAUUGAACAAAUACUUUCUACCAAAUCUGCGAUCGUAGAAGUUCGGUUCGUUGCUGGACUUGUUCUUAAUAUAGAUGCAAACCUCGUGAAUGAUCAUUGGCACGGGCGCAAUAUUGUUGUACUUGCAAAUGAGAUCAUCAUUUCUGAUGCAUCGCGAUGGAAUGUAUCCGGUAAAGCGAAUGAUCACACGUACACGGCGAAUGCAGGCACGGCAACAGAGGGCCAUGGUUUGCCCGGCAAGGAUGGCCAUCGUGGAGAAAGUGGAGGCAACGUUUACAUACUUGCGAAUAAAAUAGACCAUCCGGAACGAUUAAUUGUCGUUUCGAAUGGAGGAAAAGGCAGCACAGGACAGAGCGGUGGAAACGGAGUCGCAGGAGUAGACGGUGUAGGCAUCUCGAAGGAGGAAUUUGUCACAAAGUUUCCACCUUGCGCCCGAAGCGUUCCCCAUUUGCGAUUUAAUAAUAUAUGUGAUACGGUUCAUAGAAUCGAGAGGCAAGCCAGCAACUUUGUAACAAAGUGGGCAGAACCAUCGUACAUGUACCAUUUCUUCAGCUUUUUUGUCAUGUUUGUACCACCGGAAGUGCACAACUACUUUUAUGAGGCAGACACACAUACUGGACACAAGAUAACGUUCUCACUUCAAGGAGCCUAUGUGAACACAAACUGUCAGUGUUUUUUGUUGUACAAAGGAUCACCGGGAACAUCCGGCAAACCUGGCGGAAAAUGUGGCUUGGGCGGACAGGGCGGUUUUCCGGGAGAUAUCGUCGUCGAGAGGCUGGAAACCGUUCAGCCGUUUGAUGUAAAAAAGGAGAGAAUCGAUGGCGCUGAUGGAGAAGAUGGAAGAGGUGGAUUGUACGGUCGACACGGGAAGCACGGUUGGGACAUGGGUUAUAUGGACUAUUCGUUUGGUGAUUGGCCCAAGUAUUUCGGGGAAGACAAGAAUAGCAAGCUUUCUGUGGAAUACUACGAAAAUAAUGGUUCAGACAGGGUGUAUUGUCCUUAUAUGUCUAAAAUACGCGACAAAUCUAUGUACGCUAAAAUAGUAGCAUCGCGACUUGAGCAUCCGGCCGUGAGUGAGUUUGAGGAGAGAAAUAACACAAAACCUAGCAGAGAGAGGGAACAUCAUGCAGUUGGAGUAAGGCAGAAAACCAUUUCGAAAAGAGUUAUGUUAGACACGUAUUCUGAGUACUUGAACCGAGCCAAGGCAGAAGUUGAGGCUCAACAAAGGGCUGUUCAAGUGGAAACUACGAUUGCGGAACAAAACCAACGUCCGAGCGAUGUUGCAAACACGAAAGAUGAACAGCAAAGCUCAACGCACCAGUUGAACAAGCAAAGCUCUCGACAAACCUCCUCACUAGGAAUGAAUUCCAGUACUAUGAAUGAAGGAUCAGUAGGACAAACGUUGAAUAAUGAAGCAAGUAUUGAAAUCCAGUAUCAAGCCAACAAAUCCGACGUCGAGUCUGAAGAGGAGGAUGAGCUUUUGCUAGAAAAUGAAGGUUUACAUGACAUAGAAGAUGUAGAAUCGGAAUAUCAAGCCCAAGAGCUUGUUAUUAGACGGGUUCGAAGAUUUACUCAAGACCUAAGCUGCGAUCGUCGAGAAGGCUUUGUUACGCUGAGCACUACCAGCGAAGUAAGCGAUCGUGAGGCCGAUGUUGAAGAUCGUUUGAAAAGCGGUAGUAUGAAUUUAAAUGAUUGGCUGAGACUUAAACAGAUUGUAGUUGAUCAAUCUAGUCUAAACCAGUUAGUCGUCAGUUUUGCCACAGUUAAAGCUCAUUUUAACAGCUCCUUCAGUGACGAAGAGAAGGAAAAGAUUGAGAUUAUACAACGAAUGCUGUUACAAAAACAUAAGUUAAUUGCUUUACAAAUCGCAGCGCAGCAGCAACCUUCCUACUACGAGAAUGUAAAAAGGUUUACAUUAACGUCUCGAACCGUUAGCAAAUAUCUAAAAAUAGAAAGCAACGAAGAGGUCGAUAAUGAGUCUGACGCUAGCAUCAGAGCACUGAAGAAAUGUCUACUAGAGAACGACUCAGACAUGCUGACGAACGUUACAAAAAUGAUAAAGGAAAAGUGUCAAAGCCAAGACGAGUGCUUCCAGCGCGCUAUAGAAACUUACAUACUAGAAUCAGGUGCCUCGGGAAGUAAAUAUGAAUGCGUAACAAAGUAUUACGAUGAAUUCGUUGCUUUUCUCAACACGAAGAUCGAUGGGAACGAAAUGCACGAGGUUUUGAAAACAAGGCGUUUGAAAGUUCUGCAUUUGUGGAUCGAACGCAUUGACAAUGAAUCAUUUGAAAAUGAGCUAAAGGAAAUGGUAAGAAGAUAUGAUCCUUCCAAUGCAUUGAUUGAGUCUAUAUCGAAUUUAAUAGAUACUCCAUACCAGUGGGAAAGCUGUGCUGCCAAUGCUCAGAUUCAGAAAACAUUUUAUGAGUACAUUCAGAAGGAAGGCAUAUUGUCAAAAAGCUUUCGAAGGUUGAUGUCACACGUGCUAGACGUAAAUGUGCAUGUGUACGGUACCAAUGAAGACAACGAGUAUAUUUUACAGGAAAACUACAGUGUGACGUCUAGCAAAGUUUCUCAUAUCCUUGCUCGGGACGGGGAAUUCUUUGCGAUGGAAAUCGAUGGCGAGUUUUUGCGCCUAGACGAAGAACGUUUGCACAAAGAUGGCUUAUAUGCGAGAAUUCUCCAUGAAAUUGAAACACUGGGAAGUAUCGAAGAGAUCAACGAGUAUUUAAAUCGAAACGAUUUCGAAAACCCAGCUUCGAUUGCAGCCAUGGUACAGGAAUUUGAUGAAAAGGUAGCUAUUGAACACAUUGCGGCCUUCUUUUCUGGAGACGAGCAUGAUGAAAUUAAACGUCGUCUGGAAAAUGUAACCUUCGAAUGUACCGGACAGUAUGGGAUAUUGCGGAUCAUCCAUGAGAGAUUUUCUUGCGAAGGCAAGCACUCAUCCUAUAAUGCGAUAUGUUUCAUCAUAAACUCCAUUCUGGGGCAUUUGGCUGCUGACAGACAGGAAAGACACACGUUUGCAUGGAUGUUAGCGGCCAAUGCUCAACGGAAUUGGGUGUGUGAAGCGAUCAUUCUUCUUUUGGAAAACCGCUUUAAGAGGCAGUUGCCCGAAAACAUAAAAUGGCGCGAGCUUAUGACGGCAAUUUCAAACAAGGAUGUGUUACUUCCGUUUGCCGCCUUGCUCGAGUCGAGUGAUUGCUUUAUCGAGUGCGUUGGAGAAACCUUGCAUCUCCUGAGCAGUGUUCCAAUCGAACAGCUCUAUUUCGAUGGGUUGAAGUUGUCGGAGUGGCCUUACAUGCUUAAGGAACACUACUGGUGCUGUAAACUCAAGGAGCUGGUAGGCUCAGAAGAUCAUGAGAGCUUAUCAUCAUCCUCUUACUAUUUUCUGACCAUCGAGAACACGUUUGGUAAAGAUUAUGCAGAAAAGAUACUGGAAAAAUUGACAGGCCAGCGGAACGUACUUACCGCCGAUGUUCUGAGUACUAUUUUGGGUAAUUUUCAUGCUCAGAAGUGGAUUUUGUGUGAAGACGACAUAAAUGCCCUAGAACAACGCAGUUUAGAUGAGUGGAUAUCAGCAAUGGAGGAAAAGUAUAAACCUAAUCUGAUGGAUCUUAACAUCACACAGCUGUCAACUUUAGUUACCAGUAAUGCAAAUACGUCGGACAAUGUUAAACAGCUUCUACCGGUUAUCGUAUUCUCCAUUCACCACGCAUCAACGAUAGCUUAUAUUGCUAGCUACAAAGAGAACGACAUCAGGGCAUGGGUUGAAGAGUUUAAUGUGCACAUCAGACACGCUGAGAUUUUAGCUGUAAUCGACAGAGCGAUAGAGCUGAAGAGAAGCUUUCGACUUCGUGACACACAACGGCUCACUGUGAUGGCAUUGUUUGAAAACAAGCGAAGUACGCUAGCCCAAGUAUCAACUGGCGAGGGAAAAUCGUUGAUCGUCGUUGCGGUAUCGAUUAUGAAGUGUCUUCUAGGACAGAAGGUUGACGUUAUUACCAGCUCGUCAGUGCUCGCGAAACGUGACGCAACGGUCAACAAGGAUAUUUACGGCUUGUUCGGUAUCAAAGUAUCACACAACAGCUUUGAGAAAGAGGAAACUCGAAAGGAAGUCUAUUCGAUGCAUCAAGUGGUGUACGGCGAUCUAUCGAGCUUUCAGCGGGACUAUCUGUCGGAUAGGUGCUACGGAAAAAAUAUGCUAGGGGACCGUGAUUUCUCAAACGCGAUCGUAGAUGAGGUGGACAGUAUGCUACUUGAUAAAGGAAAUAACAUUCUGUACUUAUCCCACGAAAUUGCGGGCAUGGAUAAGCUAGAGUCUGUGUAUGUUUUCAUUUGGCAAAUGAUAAAUAGACCGUCUGCACUGAACGAGAGCAUCCGUGUCGAAUCCAUCAAGGCUGCGGUGCUAGGAGAGAUAUUUGGAGUGAUCGCGAAGGAAGAUUUAAAACUGCUUGACUCAAAAUUGAACGACGAUCAGAUGACUAUGAUGUGGGACUAUCUGGUUAAAGCAGCAGUAAUUAAUCCACAAGGAAAGCUGUUAAUCGACACCUAUGAUCGCGCAUCAGUAGAGAAGCUAAUCCCAGCUGCCUGCUCGGAUUAUCGUGAUCGUCUCAGUUAUUUUAUCAACCAACGUGUGCGUCGCGAAAAGCAAAUCCAAAUUCCAAACUAUCUUAAAACGUUUGUGGAGCGGCAUCUAGACGCGUGGAUUGAUAGUGCCAUAAAUGCAUACUACAUGAAUCCAGAUCAAUAUUACGUAGUAGACGUAGAUAGAACAGGGACAACAGCGGAUCGUCAUGGCAACAUUAUAAUUAUCGACAGAGACACGGGAACCGAUCAGGCGUGUUCACAGUGGGAUGAAGGGCUGCAUCAAUUUCUACAGCUGAAACACGGCUGUAAGUUAUCGACACAAAGCUUGAAAGCGGUUUUCAUCUCUAAUGUUACGUAUUUUAAGAAGUAUAAACGAUUGUAUGGAUUGACGGGUACGUUAGGAUCGAAACGAGAGAGAAAUCUGCUAGAGGAAAUACACGAGGUAGACUUUGUUACUAUUCCCCCUGCGAAGUCGAAGCAGUUUGAUGCUUAUGAUCCCAUUAUUUGUUCCACAAGAGACACCUGGAUAGAAACCAUUCGUAUGGAGGUGGAUAAACUGAUCGAGAUCAAGAAACGAUCAGUUCUUCUCAUUUGUGAAACCUUGAUCGAUGUUGAAUCCUUGUACAUCGCUUUUGCAGGAAAGAACGUUCACAAGUAUGUGCGGGAUUAUGAGGAGUUUGAUGUCGCUCAAGGCGACAAAAAGUUGGAGCAGGGAAAGAUUAUCAUUGCUACGAAUCUCGCAGGUCGUGGUACGGACAUUCAAAUAUCGGACGAGCUCAAGAAAGCAGGAGGAUUGCAUGUUUGUCUCACCUAUCUACCGGCGAACAUUCGCAUAGAAGAUCAAGCUUUCGGACGGUCGGCAAGAAGUGGAGAUCAGGGCUCUGGACAGAUGAUCAUACUGAUCGAGGAUGGCAAGCUAUAUGGCAAGUCAAAAAUAUAUGAUCUUAAAAAGAAACGCGAUGAGAAUGAGUUGUAUCGCAUAUCGGAUAUCAAGGCAUACUACGAUACAACGAUCAAAACUGAAGAGCGCUGUUUUGAUGCAUUUAACACGAUGUACGGUAGUAAGCGAAGAAGUUUCAACAAUACUGCGGUACCUCAUGCGGUACAGGAGAUUCUUCUGCAAAGUUGCUUAGAUAAAUGGGCCUUUUGGUUGGACGAACAUAGCGGACUGAUGGGGAAAACAUCUGGAGAGCUGAAACAUGAGCUGGAUAAUUUAUUAUCGUCUCUGCAAAACUUACAUUCCGGGGAAUUUAUAAAUACCCAAGAUAAUUCGACGUAUCUAGAUGAAAAUUGUUGGCUAGCCUGGGUCCAAGAUAAUCCGUUGCAGAUAGGGGUAUUAGCGCAAUACCUCUCUAAGCAUGACCAGGUGGAUCUAAGAAGUUUAGGUGGACGAAACAUAGCGAUUCAUUGGUUCAGCAAGAUAAUAAAAGCCGAACCACACUUUAGUGAAGCUGCUCAUUACUACCGAGCGUUCGCGUUGUCGAAGAACAUUGAUUGGGAGAAGAAACAUCCAUCAGAAGAGGAAAAAACAAGAAUCAAAGAAUUUAAGAAUGAUCUACGGGAGGCGGAUAAGCUGUUCGAAAAGCACAGUCUCCUCGCAAGGCGAACCGCCGGAAUUAUCGGUCGUAUUGAGGAAAAUUCCUUUGUCACGGGCUACGUAGAGCAGAAACAAAGCAUCUGUGAUCUUUACGCAUUGUUUUCGCGUUCAAUACAGGACAUACUAGGGCAUGCCGUGCAUCCACAAUUGUUCAAAUACAAUGACAUUAAUCAAGAGAUGUCUAGGAUCAUUUUCAGGGAAUGUGUCGACAUGGGAAUAAUACGGAACGGAGAAGUACGAAAACCUAUUCCUGAAGCUGAGCUGCAAGCAGUUUGCCUUGAGCACAAGAUACCUGUUGAGUGUUUAAGCAAGUUUCUUUCCAAGCACGCAGGCACGAUCAGCGACGAGAGACAGUUCCAAACUGACAUGCAAACUUCUGUACCACUCCCGGGCAGAGAGGAGUUCUGGAGAUUGCUUGUAGAGGAAAACGUACUCACAGGUGUAGAGCAGUACGUCGUAGUGGAUGGUGAGAGAUUGGAGGCUAUAGAUCCAUCCCUAAAGGACUUCAUAGAUCGGAUGGUUGAAAGCAAAAAGCUGAGUAUUCGCACUAUCAAAUGUGGUACGGAUCAGAUUGCAUUGUAUCAUGAGCAAUUGUCACAACCGAACGCAAAUGGAACGAUCUUUAGCCUAGCAGACUUUACAAGCUGUGUUGGGAAGAGAAAUUAUGAAUUGUUAGUGAAACGAAAUGCACUUACGUUCAAUGAAACAGCACACGUAGAAAAAACCAAGCUGGCUAGCUGUAAACUUGCUUCUUUCGAUACUAUUUCUGCGUUGGAUAUUAUAGAAGUUGGGCAUAUAGCAAAAGCGGACGCGGAGCUAAUUUUGGUCGAAUUAGUCGAACAGCAAGUUCUGGAAAAGAUAAACGAGACAUAUCGGUUGAAAAACGGCCUUUUUGACCACCUGCUUCCAUCCUAUCCUGUGUAUGAAAGCGUCGUAAAGAACAUACUUCUGUCACGUUUCGCUUACAGGUUAGCGUUAACAAACCUUUCCCAACAGCUGGAUGAGGAAAAAUCAACACUUUGCAUUGGGUUAAAAAUUAACCCUCAUCGUUUGCUGUUUACGAGUUUGCUGGAGCAGAAAAUAAUAAAGCCACCGAUAGUGAUGUUACCUGAUGGUGGGAAAAAGUUAAAGGAAAAGCACAAGGAAAUACUUACCAGCGAACAGUGGCAAGAAAGAAUAGCAAGUGGGCUUGGAAUUUCUGCGAAGGAUAGUGAGAAACUUUUCCUCCAUUUAGUCCGGAAAAAAUGGUUUACUCUGUUAAACAAUCCGAAUGAGCUCUGUAUACUAAUUUACAGUAUCAACAGCAAAGUAUCAAGCCGCGAAGAAAUAGAAUUCCAACUACCAAUGACAGCUUCAGGUGGGCCCAUCGAACAGUACAACAUUGCAAGAAACAUAGCAAAGUUCUUCGAAAUGCAGCUGCUUCUACGCGAAGAUCGAGUAAUGCACCAUAUCAGCAGUGUGCUGAGAGACUCGAAAGCUUUCAUUAAAUCUUUGAAAGUCCCGAAAUGUAAGCUGACAUCGAUAUGCGUUUUUUACGACAACAGAACGUUAGGAAACGCAGCAGAAAUUCGUAUUUUCAUUCUGAAUGGCAUGGAGCACGUCGUGCAGCUGGAGGAAAAAAGAUGGACCACCGCUAUGCUUCUUAAUACCACGGGAGUAGUGUUGAUGGGAGUGGGCCAAAUCAUUGCCGGGGCAGUUAUUGAGGUGUAUUCGGCCGGUUUGAUGACGCACGUCGGUGCGGGAUGCAUCAGCGAAGGCGUAAAUGAUAUCUUGUACUCAAUAGGGCUGUUCAAAUCGGGCCACUUCAGCUGGGAGGAGUACGGUCAGCAGAAGAUCAAAAGCAUCGCCAUGUCGGUGGUUUGCGCUGGUGUUGGAAUGUGGGUUUCAAGGGGCACCAAGUUGUCUCGCAUCUCGUACAAAGCCGUCGGACCUGGGUUAGAGGUCGGAAAGUCGUUGGAGGAAGGUCAGAGAGUUGCGGAAAUGGCCGGAAACAAGAUGUUGGUGGCCAUAUCUGAGAAAGUGGUAUUUGAGCAGUCGGUGAAACGGGUCAUCAUUAAAACGUCCGAAGGUUUUGCAUACGGGCUGGCCAGCAUGGCCGUCGAUAAGCUCAUCGAAAGCCAACUGCAGACAGUGAUGGAUUCGAUAGCACGCAGCAUACUGUCGGGGAUAGAAAACGAAGUUUCGAAACAUGCCAUCUCCACAAAUCUAAGGCUUGCCUACGAAGCGCUGGGAGAGAAACAAGCAAAAACGCUGGUAAAUAAGCUGACAGAUCUGAUCCUGUCGCGAGAGAACUCGACGGAACAGUAUUUGUCUAUGAUUUGUUCGUUAACGAACAGCGUCAUGCAAGGGGUGGGAAACGCAUUGAAUAAAAUAGAAAAAUCUAAGAGCCCCAACACACUCAUCUCGCGAAUAAGCAAAACUUUAAAGUGGAUAGGUCAUAUGGAACAAAUUUACAAAAUAUAUUCCAUCACUGGAGCACUCUUGAAUUGCAUAAAUUUGGAAUUGAAGCAUGAGCUAGAAAAGCUUAAUAUUACAUCGCAGACCGAAGCACCCACGAGCGAUGGUCUACAAGAACGGGAAAGUUUCGAUUCCUUCCAGAGCGUGGUGGUAGAACGUUGGAAAUCGAUAUUAACUAAAAAUGUGGGACGAAUCUUGGCACAACAUUUCGUGAGUCCGGUUCUGAAACAAUACGCUUAUGGGGCAGUCGCUUUAAUGGGGCGAACUCUGAAAGAGUACUCGCGCUCGUUGAAGGAAGCAGAGUUGGAAAGAACAGCAAACACACUGAUACGCAAUAAGCAUGAACUGGAGGGGUUGGACAUGUCGGCAGCGUCCAAGCAACAGCUUACAGAACAGUACAACAAUGAGCUGUUAAAUGUGCAACGAAAAACGAGAAAUGCUGCACUUUUUGCGAAUAUAGUUGACGCUAAUGUUCCACUUGAUUUUACCUGUUUGAGCGUAUGCCCUCUUAUCAUUCAAAAUGUGCUUAUGUCUCAGGGAAUAGACAUACCAGGCGUUAAAAUUUCCGUGUCCGGUGACACAGGCGUUAGUCAACAGUUUUGCACGGGAACGGGUGGUCCCGAAAUCACUCUCCAGCUCAAGGGCAAUCACUUCACGCUGGGUGGCAGUGACUCGGAUAAUAACGUGCCGGGGAAUAACUGCAUGAUUGGAGCUCUGAUGGAAGCUAUUCCGCAGCUGAGAGCAUCAGGUUUAAGGGUGGAUGAGUUUAGGAGGUUGAUAUCAAACAGCAUUAGAACAGAUCCGGCCGUACAACACCACAUUCGUAACAGAUGGCACAAGCUUCCUAUACAGAUAUACAAUGCGUAUGGAGGCGCAAAAAGUGGGAAUCGUAAAGCCAAAGAUGGGACAAGAUCGCAGCAGAAAGGAGCUGGGAUAAAGGAGGAUACUUUCAAAAAACCUCGAUCUGCCCCGAAAAGGGUAAAUAACUACGAUGACGAUUCUUCGUCCAUAACCGACACAGACCACCGGGCUUCUGAUUAUCACUUGGACUCGCGCACUUUACAUCACACGGUGCGUUUCGCGGGAGAGCUGAAGAGAUUGUGUGCCGAGUACGGGCUCGAUAUCGACGAUGUGAUCAAACCGGGUGCCAGUGUGGUUAAGGAUAAAGGACACGGUCUCUCCGGUCCGGAACGCCAUAAGGCUCACGUUUUACGGUUUGAUGCAGAUCUCCUGUUUUUGAAGCAGUACCCAAAGCUGUACGAUCUGCUUACAGUCCAUGGCGGUCACACGCAGAAAGUUCCUAAGUUUGUAAACGAAUUUCAUAGGAUCGGUGGAGACAUCGAUGUGAUCCAGGUGAGUUGGAUAAAGAAGCUAGCGUGUUUAGACUUUUCAAAAGGGCUGGAUGACAAUAAUAGGGCGAUUUUAGAAGAGCAUAGACAAGAUGUGAUUGCUAUGUACGACAAACACAUCAAAUCUGAAAAUAAUAAGUACUCGAUAAAGCAGCAACGCGAAAUACAAAGCGCUAGAGAUAUGGCAGUUAAUACGUCGAUUGAGGAUCUUUACGAAAGAGGGUUGCGUGGAAACAAUCUUCUGUAUGACUAUGACUAAUGAUGAGUUCAACUCAGGCAAAAUUAUCUAGCAUGUUUAUUGAUGGGUAUGUUAUAUCAUACUUUGAUGAGGAGAUAAAGUUAACAAUGUGAUUAAUUUAAAAAGCAUCGUAUUAAUGAGCAUUUAUAAAUGAGCUAAUGAUGUUUUUGCUUCCUCAGAGGAGAGCACGCAUAUUACCGAAUAAACCUAACAAAAUGUAAACCUAGUCUGAGUCAUUCUUUCGGAACAUGGAAGA